AGUUUGAUAUUCUAACUGUAAUUUCCUCCUUAUUUCUGCCAGGGUGACCGAGGAGCUACUCCACUCUAUUAUGCAUUGUGUAAUAACAAUUCCAAAAUGACAGAUCUUCUUAUUGCUCAUGGAGCACGCCUAGAUACCAAUUUGUGUGAUGGAGAUGAUUUUGAUAUUCCUCUGCUGUUUGCUGUCCUCAUGAACUGCUCUACUUCUCCUAUAUCUCCUGAAUUGAUUGAAAAAACUAUACCAAAUAAACCUGAAAAUUUGUCUAAACUAUUCUAUCGUGGACAAAAUGUGAUCUUACAUUGUAUUGAUUACCUAGUGCCAAAGGAGAUUGUUGAAGUGAUUCUUAAAAAAGGUUGUGCCAACUUAAUUACUGCUAAAAAUAAGUUUAACCUGAACAGUCGGGAAUAUGCUGCUGAAUGUGACGCUACAGAUGUUGUUGAAGCAAUUGAUAGGACUGUGUUUCGGUGGUGUUUUGAAAGUAAAAAUGAUGCCAACUUCAAGUUGUUAGCAUUACAUGACUAUCGCUACUUUGUGAUGCCAUUGGAGCUUUUCAUGCAGUCUGUAUAUAAAAACUCUGACUUGUGGGCCUUGGGGUGUAUAAUCUACCAACUACAUUCUGGUUUACCACCUUUCUGGGGAAACCAUGAAUAUCAGAUAUUUCAAAAGAUUUUAAAACUUGACUAUGAGUUUCCUGAUGGUUUCAAUCCUGUUGCCAAAGAUUUGGUCCAGAAAUUAUUGGUAUUCAAUCCCCAAAAACGACUUGGUAGUCCUGAAUCUGGAGGCUUUAAACCACUUAAAAAACAUCCUUUCUUUGAUGGUAUUGUUUGGGACCAUCUUUGGACGCAAGACCCACCUGAUCUUCUUCCCUAUUUACCUGCCACACCUAGCAAUCCCAGUUUAUGGAGCCACUAUCGGCCUGGACUUGAUGAUGCUAGAAUUGGGGAGAUAAUAACUGAAACAGUGAUUACUGAAGAUCAACGGAAGGAAUUGCUCGAAAAACAGGCCCGAGAAAAUGAUUUUCACAAAUUUGUUGAAGGCAAUCUCAUUUUGAAACAAGGCUUAGUAGAUAAGCGUAAGGGUCUUUUUGCUCGAAGAAGAAUGCUGUUAUUAACUGAAGGACCUCAUCUAUACUAUGUAGACCCUGUAAAUAAAGUCCUUAAAGGAGAAAUACCAUGGUCAGAAGAAUUAAAACCAGAAGCUAAAAACUUCAAGAUCUAUUUUGUACAUACACCAAACCGCACUUAUUACUUAGAGGACCCAAUGUCACAUGCUCAGGAAUGGGUGACCAAGAUCCAAGAAGUGUGGCAGCACUAUUAUGGCAAUAGACAUUGAUAUUUCUCUCUCUCUCUUUCUCUUCCUCCCUCUCUCUCUCUCUCCCCUCCCUCCCUUUCUCUCUCUCUCUCUCUCUCUCUCUCUCUGUUCCUCCUCAUCUCUCUCAAUAGUUUAAAUUUCUUUUUAUUACUGUUUUGUCUCUUAAUCCUUUUGCUUUCUCUGUUUUGCAAUAGCCGACAAGUUGGAUUGUUGGUAUUGUUAAAUUUAACUUGAACUUGUGUGUGUGUGUGUGUGUGUUGACUCUGGCAGGUAGGGGAGGGGCUUUGGAAGUGUGACAAAGUAAUUUAGUGGUGGGGUGCACACAGGGGUGGUAGGUAGCUAUAACUUGUCAUCUCUUCAUCCACAUAUAUCUGCAAAUCACACAUAAACACAUCAAAUUCCUCCAUCAGUCUAUCCCUUACUCACUUAUCUUCAUUCCUUCGUACCUAUCUAAGACCAACAAUACAACUUUUUUUUUUUCCAGCUGGCUUUUAUUUGCAGUGGGUAUUUAGGCAUGUAAUAGGUACGGAUGACAGACAAGACAAGGGCUUCAUUACUUUAUGCACACUCGUUUCUUUGAUAAGUGUGUGUGCAUGUGCAUGCAAGCUUGUAUGUAAGUGCAUUUGUUUACUUCUUGAGUACAGUUGUAACUUCAUGGUAUGCCACAUUAUUUCAAUUAACAGCUGUAGCCAUUGUGCUUUACAUAGUUCUCAUGAAAUUUGUAGCUGCUAGGAGUGACAUUCUAAACACUUUCAGUAGCAUCCCAACAGGUUACCGACUAUUAUUUCAUCACGUGUGUGUGUGUGUAUAUAUAUAUAUAUAUGCUUACUGUUCCAUUAAGGUAAGAUUGACAGUAAAAGUACUCCAACCAGUGAGAGAUAUCAUUUAAUGCACACAGUAUAAUGAUACAAGCUACUAAUAGUUUCUUGAUUGAAGACGCAGGUAUAAGCAGGUUUUUAUAACAUACCUUGUCUCCAAGCAUGUGAUCUAUUCAAUUUGCAAAUCAGGAGGCUGGUACAAAAGAAAUCACAAGAAACCACAAGAAGGUAGAUACAAAAAAUUGGAAGGGUGAAUAGAGACCAAUAAGAAAAUUAGUUAUGUCCCCUUCGACAGUAAAACUAUAAUAAAGCUACUAAUUGUAGAAUAAUUCAACAAAGAAGGGUCCAAAGUCUGCAAGGCAGCUGCUCAAUUCAGAGAGAGUGGUGUCCCCCAGUUCGCCCAAAGAAAUUUAUUCAUGUUUGCAUCUGGAAUUCAGUGUGAUGGAAUUUCUAGAUCUAAAAAAGAAUAUGUAAUCUCUCAGCUACACAUAAUUUGCAUUUGUUAGAUCCAUUAACAUAUUGUGUAGAUUUCUCUACAAUUCUCCACUUGAUUAUACAUAGUGUGCAGUUGGUCUUCAAACAUCAUACAUGGCUAACCAACUUAGUGGCUUUACUUUUGUCAAUGUUGCUGAAAGAAGAUAGGUGGUUUGCAUAACAUUUUUUGAAAUUGCAUUUGCAUAAUCAGAUGGAAUUUUUCUUUUUCAACUUUUUACAUCUACCUUUUUCUCAUUUUAUUUUUUCGUGAUUUCUAAGUGUCCUGAUCUGCAGAUUGACCAAACCAUGUGCUCAGUUAUACAAAGUGUUAUAAAAACCUGCCUACACCCAUGUCUCCAAACAAACUAUUAGUAGCUCAUAUUUUUAUACUGUGUACAUUAAAUGAUAUAUAUAUACAUUUAUAUGUAUGACAAGUACCCUGUCAUGUGAUGUUUGUAAAUAAGUGUCAUUGUCAUACAAGCAAUGUUGUUAGUUUUCAGUCUUAUGUGGAAAAACAUGUCUGGUCAUGAGAAAUAUUACCUAGAAACAGGCAAGGGUUGGCAACAGGAAAAGUAUCCAGCCAUAGAAAAUCUGACACAUGGGAACAGAAAUAUUAAAUGAUGGUGUGUGUUAUAAUUAAACAGGUAUACAACAUUUAGUCAUCAGUUGGCCAUACAUUUACAAGAAGCUGCUACUACUGCAAUACACAACACAAUACAAAUAAAAUUAAACAGAAAACCAUUAAUACUAUAAACAUCAUAAAUGGAAUUUUUUUUUUUUUUUCAAGUGCAUUAGCUAUGAAAUGAUUAAAAGUAUCGUUUUAACAUCCACUUUUCUAUACAUGAAUGGGUUGGACAGAAUUUGUUGAAGCAGAUUUUCUACAGCCAGAUGCUUUUCCUGUUAUGAACCUUCACCCGUUUCCAAGUGAGGUCAUGUUUGCACAGAAAUUUGGAAACAAAGGGCACCACUUGUGUGAUGGUGGCUCUCAUUUACAACAAUCACAUGAUAUCAAGACAGUCACACAUAUACACAAUGGGCUUCUUUCAGUUUCCAUCUAUCAAAUCCACUAAAGGCUUUGAUCAGCCUGAGGCUGUACUAGACAUUUGUCCUAGGUGCUACCAUGCAGUGGAACUGAGCCUAAAACCAAGUGGUUGGGAAGCAAGCUUCUUAACCACACAGUCAUACCUGUGCCUCAAACCAAAAAUCGAUAACAUAUAGCACAUACAGAAUAAGAUAUGAAAGUAACCUGGAGUUAACUGCUAAGCAAUUUUAAAUCGAGUACUGUGAAUUUAUCUGAUACAUCAUUUCAUGAUUACUUGUUGCCUACUAGCAGUAACUUGCUACUAUCAUCACUUCAGAAGAUGUGGUCAAGAAGGUCAAUGGUAAUGAACUUAGGACAACUACUGUUAAUUAAACAUAAAGGACAAAUAAGAAAAUAUGAAAAUAUCUUUAAUAAAAAUUGUUAUUCAAACACAUUUGUCUUUCACUACAUGUUUGAAAGAAACUGUUCUCUACAGUUACAAAUAUAAUAUAUAUGAACCACACACAAUGAAAUUAAGAUUUGUUUAUAUACUUUUUUAAAUUGGUAAAAUAGGUGAUGCCUUACACUAGAAUUUUAGUUUGUCUUAAGUGUAAUUUGAGCUCUAUUUAAAAUGAUUUGGUUGGGGUGGGAAAACUCUUCUUUCUAAACCUAAAACGAAUUUAAAUAAUUUUUAUGAAAUUCUGUUUUAGUUCAUGAAAAUAUCUACUUUAACAAUUUUAAGUUUUAAACAAAAUUACAAAAAUAAGAAACAAUUAAAUCCUUGUUCCUUAGAGCUCCUUCCUCUUUUCCCUGUGUGUAUGCGUGCAUGUGGAACUUAGUCUCACAGGUUCAUACUUUAGCUUAUUAAAAACUAUUAGUGCUAUGGCCUCACUAUCCCACACAUUAAUGUAUUGACUAACUUCUACACAUGUUCAUAAUCAAUGUACUUAGCACACUCUGAAUGUUUUUAUAUCCAUAAAAAUAUAUUUUAAUAUAUCUUAAGGCCAUUUUCUUUGUAAUGUAGACAUAUAUAGUCAGUUGAGCCCCACCCCCUGGACAUUACUGUUAAGUUGGUUUCACCAAAAUUUGAAGAGAAAAACUGAAUUUAGAUAUGAUGCAGUCCAGUAUUCUUCUGUUGGCCACAUGCAAAACUUGGGAGUGUGUUUGUGUAUGUGCUAGCACUGUUUUUUAUGGGGUUGGAAGACUUCCAUGUCAGUGCACGUAUGUUUGCCUAGUAAGCUUCGUUUUUGGUCCUUUUGUUUUUAUGGAUUAAUUUUGGAAAGUAUCUUCAAUUAAAACAAGUUUACUACUGCUGGUUUCCAUGACUGUAUUAUUGCUGUAGUCAUGUUGAUAUAAAAUAUUGUUAUUUUACCCCUCCUCCCUCCUAUUUUCCUUUCAUCUUCUUGCUCCUCCUAUCUCUGAAUUUCUUGUUUUCUCUCUCACAUAUUCACUCACUUUUCCUGCCAAUGUUAUAGUUUUCAAUAUGUUUAUUUAUUAAAAAAAAAGGAAGAAAGAAAAAGACCCAGAAAAAAAAAUUAUUAACUUGUGCCUGGAAUGUUUAAGAUGGUGUGUUCUGAACAAUGUGGACUGUUGUGUAUCUUGCUUCAUCUGAGCCUCUAAGUUUGCCAUCUUUCACAGAUAACUAUUGAACCUUUAUCUCUUUGUAUUCUAUUCUUGCAAGCGAUGAGCACUGUAAGUAAUUCCCAGUUAUCUCUCCUCCACUUACAUUGCUAAAUAGAUUUGGGUAAAAGCAUUCUUCUAUCCUGUAUUUCCUCACCUCCAAGUCAGGAUUAAUUACCCUAUUGAUGGAUGAUAUUUCUGUUUCUAAGUUCACCAUUGACCAUCACACUUUGGAAGGGAAAGGAAAUAUUGCUUUUUCACCAUCUGGACACAGUGUUCUUUGUUUCAUACAUCACCCUCACAGCGACACCCAACUUUUGUUUUUAUAGCCUUCCAACAGUCUUGAUAUUAAUUCUGAGAAGGGACCCAGGCUGUUCCAACUUUGAAAUAUUGGUGGGGGCUUUGUUAUUUCAUGGGACCAAUUGAACAGGAGGAAACUCUAAGAAUCUGAGAUUGUCCGGAUAAAGGUAACUGGCUCCCACCUAACAAGGGUUUCACAUUCUAUAUCUUACUACAGAUAUUUUACAAAAUUGUUGAGAAAGGCAUUUUAAUGCCACUUCUAUUAAUGUUCUGAGUUCAAAUUCUGCUAUGAUCAGCUAUGUCUUUCAUAUCAUCAAGAUCAAAUAAAACAAAAACAGGUUAAUCUAUAUGACCACCUCCAUCCUACCACCAAACCUGAUGUAGAUUUAGAAUUAGAUUGCUUAGAUGAUUUACAGCAUAUAGCUGGGAGCCUUCAGUUUUUAGGUUCAAAUCCUGGCUGGUUAACUUUAUCUUGCAUCCCUCUUGACAAAAUAAGUGUCAGCAGUUCACUGUGAUCACUUUAUUUGUUCCCCUCCUUGUGCCAAUGUGAGAAAUCUACCACUGGGUGAUGGAUUGAUAAAAACAGAGCACUAGACAAAGGCAUUGCUGUGUUUAGUCCUGUUUACAUGCUGAGUUCAAAUCCUGCUGGAGUCAACUUAGCCUUUCAUUCUACUUGGGUUAAUGUAAUCUAAGGGUUGAUGCCAUCAACUAUAUUCCGCAUCCUCCUCACCUAGAAAUUGGCCUUGUGCCAGUCUCCUCAACUGUUAUCAUUGUCAACCAGUAAAGUAGCCGAGCACUUGACUAAAUGCAUUGCAGUAUUUAUUCAUCUCUUCAAUAUCCUGAGUCCUAACCCUACAGGGGUCACUGAAAUGAGUUAUAUACUGGAACCAAUUCUUCAUCUCAAAGUAAGAUUGGCUCCAAGCCAAAAGAAAUCAUUAUCAGGUACCAUGGUGCCUCGUCAAUUCAAUCAAUUAUGCCUCCACUUAAAAAACAAAAUAAAAACAGUUUUGUUAUUGUUGUUCUCAUCAAAUGGUUUAUUAACAAAAUACAUAUAGAUAUGUAUAUAUAAAGGGAAGAUUUUUCAAAAGAAAGGAACAAUGCCAGGCUAAUCCCUUCUUUUGCUUUGCUAUAUAUUCAUUUUGUUAUUUAUUGUGUGUGUGUGUGAUAGUCGUAACUGCCCACCUCUGGAGUACGGAUCAGGCUAUCAAGUAUGUUGAAUUUGUUUCAGUAUUGGCCAAUCAAGUUGCCUUGCCUGCUACAAAUAAAUAUAUAAUAUCAAAGCUCAUAGAAAAUCUUUUGUUCUGUUCUACAAUCUGUUUUAGUAAGUCAGCUUACUUACUGAGUAAUAUAUUCUAAAUCUGCUUGUGUGUGUGUCUAUAAGAGGUUGCUGUCUUAGCUGUCACAUUUAAUUUUACUUUGAUUAAACUUAACCUCAUCACCACCUCCUCUACCACAAUAUUUUUACCAGUCCUGGCUGCAUACUUUCAUUUAUAUUUUUAUUGUUGCUACAAAGUUUUUUUGUUCAUUUCUUUGUUCCUUUUUUUUCUGUUGUUAAACUCAUCUUGACAACCCCUCCCCAUCUGACAAUGUUGUGUACCAUUUAAAUCUCUUUUGUUAUCUUUUAAUACUGGUAUUGUUACUAAAGUUAUUCCUCCCUGCUUUCCUUUCAUUUGGUUGAUCCCUUUCUCACAAUUAAAAAAUUUUUUUUUUGCAGUCAGGUCUAGUAUCUCUCAUUUGCUGAGUGUUAAAUGACUAAAACACUUGUUACCUUCCAACUUAAAAAAUGAUGCUUAACUUAGAAAAAUGUUAUUCAAAUACUUUUUUUUUAAACCUUUCAUUUUUUUUUUUCUUUAUUUCACUUCAUUUAUAACCAAUUAAAAUCCUCACCUAUUUUUGCAACAAUAGUUUUUCCUUUAUUUUUCUUGUUUCUUCAAAUCACUUCAUUUCUGUAUCAGCUUUAUUCUUACAGUUCCAAAUUAUUUAUUAUUUUGUGUUUUAAUAACGGUAGGGUGCUGUUCUACAACAGUAAGAUCAAAGAAAGCCCAGUCUAGAUAAUUUUAAUUCCCACUUGGAAUCCUGUUUUUGGUUUUUAUUCCUUAAAGACCAUAAAUCUUUUUCUUCUCUCUUUAAGGCUCCAAAGUGACAUGUUUUGUAAAGAAUCCUAACUUUUUUUAAACCUUACUUCAGCAGAAUUACUGGUUUAUUAAACAAUACUGCUUGAUUAAUCAUGUAAAAAUCUGUAUCAGAGGGCAAUUACAGCUUACAUGUCUAAUUAAGUUUCACUCCUGCUGCUUAUGUCUACUGAAGUGUUUUGGUUUAAGCUUUAAUAGCAGGAAGGUUACCAUAUUCCAAAUGAAAGUUUUCAAUCUGACUAAUGAUUCUGCCAACCCAGCAAUGUAAAUCUAACAAUAAUAAUCCUACCACCACAACAAUCCAAUUUUGUUGCUAAUUGAAGUGAGAAAUAACAUUUUAACAUUAUGUAGAUACUUUUGGUUUUCUGAAUUAGUUGUCCUCUUCCAUAAUAUUUAUAUUCAUUUGGCUGGCUUACUAGCCAGCUAAAUUAAAAGUCAAGAAUUUGUUAAAAAUAUGCAGCCACCCACUCUCUUCUUAUUUAUCCAAAUCACAUCUUUCAGUAAAGACUACCCCUAUACAAGCACAGAAAAAAUGGACAUAAAGUGAUGAUUUUAUAUAUAUAUAUAUAUAUAUAUAUAUAUAUAUAUAAUCACAGAGACCAGAAUUGUUUUCACUAUUUAAUGAAGGGGUGGAAAAAAAACCUAAAUGACAUAGCUUACCAAUAUUACCUUUUUGCUUCUUUUGAUGUUAACCUGGACAUCUUUCUGGUGAUUUUGUAAGGGUCAGAAAUUUUCCUAAUGUGACUAACAUUGAAGUAGUCUGACAAGACAAAUGGCAAAUAAUUUACAUUUUUAAACUUUGAAAUCUUAAGUAGAGGAAAAUUUCAGGUUUUGCAUUUAGCUUCAAACUUUUUAUUAUUAUUUUUUUUUAAUGGAAAGAAGAACCUUAGAUACUGAGAUAACAGAGAUUAUUUUAAAACCUACAUUUAAGUUUUACUUUUUAUUUCAGUUGAAUCUGCUAAAUUCAGUACCAAUUGACUGUAAUGAUUAGCACUUCUCCUACCCACCCACUCUCAUAUUUUGAUAAAAUAUUUGUUAGUUAUUUCAGGUGCCAUUCUUUCUAAAGCAGUGGUAACUUUGAGAAAUUAUCCUCUUACUCCACUUCUAAAUGUUUCUCAUUGAAGCAUUUUGAUAUUUUAAAGAAAGAAAACCUAAUUAUUUCUCUGGAAAUGUUGAAAUUAGUUUAAGCUAUUGCUUAGAUGGAAAACUAUUUAAAUAGUUUUUGAAAUACAUCAUGUUACUUUGGUUCCUUUUUAACAUAAAAUGAAAAUACCCUCACCCUCCCUUGUGUACCACCAAUCAACUGGGCUUUAUCAUUGAUUCUGAAUGUGGGUGUGUGAGUACAGGUGAACAGGUGGUGUGAUGGUGAUUUCUUGCUGUACUCUUUGAAUGUAAAUAAUUUUGUAGUGAAAUCAAUGUUCUGUAAAUUAUAACAGCUAUUCUGAUCUUAGAACUGUGAUAAGAUACCACCUAAACAUACUGUUAUAUCCUUUCUCACUUCCAGAACCUUCCACCUCAUUCCGAAUUGCUUCAAAAAAAUGUUGAAAAAUAAAAUAUCAAAAAUGA